AUGUCUACUGAAAUUGAAGAAGCUACUAAUGCCGUAAACAACUUGAGCAUCAACGACUCCGAACAACAACCUAGGGCCCCUACUCAUAAGACAGUAAUUGACCCUGAGGAUACAAUCUUUAUUGGCAACGUUGCUCACGAAUGUGCCGAAGACGACUUGAAGCAACUGUUUGUGGAGGAAUUCGGGGAUGAAGUCAGCGUAGAGAUCCCAGUUAAGGAACACACCGACGGUCAUAUUCCAGCUAGUAAACACGCUCUGGUUAAGUUCCCAAGCAAAAUUGACUUCGAUGAUAUCAAGGAGAAGUACGACACGAAAGUGGUUAAGGACAGAGAAAUUCAUAUUAAGAGAGCAAGAACUCCCGGCCAGAUGCAGAGAGGAGGCUUCAGAGGCAGAGGCGGUUUCAGAGGCAGAGGCGGAUUCAGAGGCGGCUUCAGAGGCGGAUUCAGAGGAGGUUUCAGAGGCAGAGGGAACUUCAGGGGUAGAGGUGGUGCCAGAGGUGGUUUUAAUGGGCAAAAAAGGGAAAAAAUUCCAUUAGACCAAAUGGAAAGAUCAAAAGAUACCUUAUAUAUCAACAACGUCCCAUUCAAAGCUACCAAAGAGGAAGUCGCUGAAUUUUUCGGUACUAACGCCGACUCCAUCUCUUUACCAAUGAGAAAAAUGAGAGAUCAACACACUGGCAGAAUCUUCACAUCCGAUUCUGCUAAUAGAGGUAUGGCAUUCGUCACUUUCGAUGGUGAAAACGUCGAUAUUGAAGCUAAAGCUGAAGAAUUUAAAGGCAAGGUUUUCGGCGACAGGGAGUUAACUGUAGACGUUGCUGUUAUUAGACCAGAGAAUGAUGAAGAAGAGGUUGAGCAAGAAACUGGUUCUGAAGAAAAGGAAGAAUGA